UUUUUGCAGUAAAAACAUUUUCUAAAACAAACAAUAACAUUUAACAACUCAACACAAACAAAACUUGAUUCGCAUUUGUACAAGGCAGCUGAGCUAACGGUGCUCAGUGUAGCGAAACAAAAGCAGUGCAUUGUGUAUAGUCGCUAAGCUAUUUUUGCUUUCUGAUAAGAAAAUGAACGGUUUAAUUGUUUUCAAUAGCGCCAACGAUGUGGCUUAUCAGAACUUAAAUGGACCACUUGCAGAGAAAAUAUGCAGCAUAGCCAAUACGCAGGGGUUGCUGCCGACUCCGGGUGCUCCACUAGAUAGCAAUGUACUGUUGCAGAUAUUUAGCCCAAUUAUUAGUUCACAGCGAAUUAUGCACUGUCAAUUUGAUAAUGCGUACGCGAGUUUUCAAUGCGAGAAUGGCUUCAAUUUGACUUUUGGCGAACUGUUGGGCUUUACAUUUCUGAAAAUUGGUCAGGUCGAGAUUGAGCAAUUGAUGCGACAGCUGGGAGUGGCCAUGACGUUGACUCGUUACUGUUAUGGUGCCAAUUUAUUUGGCUCGCAGGCGGGUGCAAUGCAACAAGAGCUGCUGACGCAGUGUCUCAACUGCUACGAGUCUCAGCUGUGGGAGGAGCAGGAACAGGAACAGCAGUCCUACCUGCUGGAGGCAUUGCCCAAGCUGCUCAUUAACGCUGAAUUGAAGCGAACAGUGCACGUCACACUGGAUGCAUUGCUGGAGCAACUACGACAAACUGGAGGACAGCAACGGGCACACGCUCUACUGCUCGUCUCCAAUAAGUUGGUGGCUUUGAAUAGUACACGCCAAGCGCUGCCCUUGGCACCGGCAGAUCUACUUUUUCUGGCCAUCUUGUCUCGAGCACUGGAAUCCCAGAGAUCUCCACGUGCAGUAGCUGUCUUUUUGCAGGGAGUGACACACGAUGUCAAUUCAGGCUGUGUGCCAUGCAUUGUGCACCUAUCCCGUCUACAUGGCCAUCAGGUGUUGUUGCAGCUCAUCGAAUACGGCCACAUGCCCUUGACCAGCUCCAUCUAUGACACUUUCUUUGUGCUCCAGAAGAUUGUGGCGGUGCAGCAGCAGGGUGAUGCCGAUGCAUUGAAGCCCGCCUACGAGAGUCUCGAAUCUUUUGUCAGUCAAACACUGACGGCGCUCAAGCGACAUUUAAAACAAAAGCAUGAGGAUCUGGAGAGCUGUGUGAAGAAGUUUACGGCCCGUUGGGAGAAUCUACGCAAGAUGUAUGUGGAGUUCUUCAAGAGCUACGAACGGGAGCUGCUAGUACGCAUCGAAUCGAAUUUACCGGCCUUUGUAGAGGAGCUGAAGCAACUGUUCACACUAUCCUUAGCCAGUUGCGACAUCGCCAGCAAUCAGCAAUUGGAUCAACUAGCCGACUCGGCAGCUGUUGUGGAGGCAAAGCUCUUGGAAUUUGCCGAAUUUCUGGCGGUUAAAGCAGCGCGCAACAUCUCUAUUGAUGCCUAUUUGGAGGACUUUCCUGGUUUGGUGCAUUUCAUGUACAUAAAUCGUAGCUCUGGACAAAUGUUAGCGCCUGAUUUGCGCCAAGGACAGCCGCAGCUGCUGCCCAAAUCAAAGCUCUGGCAUAUGGUUGAGUUUACGCGAAACUAUUUGAAAAAGGGUCAAACGACAGUCAUGUGGAAGGAUCGCACAUUUCAUUACUCGUAUUUUCUUUGGUUCGAGGAUCUCUCUGGUGGCAUAUUGAAAUGUUCGCUUGACCUACAGCAACAUUUUCUCUCCACCGGCUUUGGCAACGGCAAUGGAAAUGGCGGUCAUAAAUCACCCGCAGAGCCCGGCUCCUUGCCCAUGGACUACUACAGCGAGCUUGCCGAGCUUUGCUUCCCAAAGCUGGCCGGUGGCAAAGUACGCGUCUACGAAUUGUAUUGCAUUCAUUUGGGCCUUGUUACGGCCACCUGUGCCGUGGAGCAUGCACGUCGCCUGGUAGCCACCAUCAGCGAUGUCGUUGGUGAGGGCACGUUCUAGAUGAAGUUACACUCGAUGUAAAUUAGGCUUUAAAAUUAUAUU